CAUCUGCGAGUUCUGCGACUGCGAUGUCGAUUAUGAAGCGGAAUACAUUUUCUUUCUCAGUCGAUUACUAGAAUAUAAGUGGGUAUUUCCAUUCCAGUUUCCAUGUGUGCGACGAACGUGUUUACUAUAAUGCGCUAUUGCAGAUCCAGACCUGAUUUUUGUGUUUUUAUUUCUGCUUUUGGAAAACGCUUAUGUCAAGUGCAGUUUUAAUUGUUUAAUCAUGAUCAUAUGGCUAUGUUCAUAUGUUAUAACUUAAUACAACUGCGGACUUUUAUAGUAUUGAGUUGAAAUCGAAUCUCAGUGAUUGAAUUGGUAGGUACUCGUCUCUCGUCACGUCACAAUUCCUCAGAAAUCUGUCAAGAUCACACCAUUGUCAGGAUUGUCAGUAGAUAAUUAGCCAUGGAGGCACUCUCUGCUGCUCAAGACGACAGCUCAGGAGCCAACCCCAGCAGUGUCAAGAGUGAUGACAGCAGCCCUCGGCCUGACAGUCGCUCAGGCUCCCCGCCUCCCAACUGUGCUAUAUGCCUUGGAACAUGCAAGAACAAGUCCUUCACUGAUUCCUGUUUACACCAGUUCUGCUUUUCAUGUCUUCUAACUUGGAGCAAGGUUAAAGCCGAGUGCCCACUGUGCAAGCAAGCCUUCAGGUCAAUUAUUCACAAUGUGCGCUCCAACCACCAGUAUGAAGAGUACCUGGUGGUACAGCGACAAACUGAGGAGUCGAGCAGCAGGAUCGACAUUGACAGAGUCACCGCAGCAACACACAGGUUCAGAUACAGGACAACCCUUACGCUGCCGCGUCGCGAGACGAUCGCGAUCCAGCAGCUGCUGCGUCACUACCCGUUCAUGGCGGACGUGUUCCCGGGCGUGAGCCCGCGGCCGGCGCCGGCGCGGCGGCGGCGCUCGCCCGCGUCCUUCCGCCGCACCGUCUACCGACACAACCUGUGGGCACGCCCGCUGCCUGACUUCACCGGCCGCUUCCGCGACUGUACGCCCGAGUUCUACAGGUACAAUGACACACAAAUGCACCGGCUGGUGCCUUGGCUUAACAGAGAACUUCAUUAUUUAUUAAACGAAAACAUUGGCCAUAUUUCUUACGUCAUGUCUCGGAUCCUAGACUUGCUGCCACAACAUCAUAUCAACUCGACAGAGUUUAGAGAAGCAAUGCAUCGAUACUUCGGAGACAGAACCGAGCACUUCCUACAUGAGCUAUACUGCUUCGCUUCGACCCCUUAUGAUAUGACCGGCUACGACCGCAAUGUACAGUAUACCACAGAUAGUAGAAUAUCCACAAUGGUCAACGAGGUGAUAUCGAGUUCGGACACUGAAGCAAGUGUAGAUUCGGAUAUUGUAAUGGUUUCAAGUUCAGAACCGGCUGAGGCGCCUCCCGGGCCUUCGAGGUGUCCGGCACCCGUUUACCCUCAAAAUUAUAUUUCCCAGCCCACUACUAAUAACGUCAUUCCUAUAGAAACGAUAUCACAAUCGGACACCGACGACGACUCCUCAGAAGUGAUGGUCGUCGGUUAUAUAAAGCCUCCUCAGGAGAGGACGCCCGAGAUCGUAGACUUGCUGGGCUCCGACAGCGACGUCAUCGUACAGGACAAUCCUCAACCGGAGCCGCCUCAACCGUUGGAAGUGCCUGAGCCCCGCCCCGAACUGCGGCCCGUGCCGUCCGUGAAGCUGACGCUGAAGCGGCACCGGCCAGCGUGCAGCGAGUCGGACAGCGACGACAGCUCGUACCGGCCGCCGCCCCCGCGCCGCCGCCGCCGCCCCCGCGCCUCCGCCUCCACCAGCGACACGUGCCGCGACACCUCCGCCUCCUCCACCGCGUCCACCUCCCCCGCACCCUCCUCCACCACCGCCGAGACCUCCUCCUGUAAUGACGACACCGAUCACUCCAAACAUGUAGUCAAAAAGAAAUCUAAGAAAAACUCCAGUGAGAGCUCUAAUAGAGAUCGAAGGAAAAACAAAAAGAAAUCACACCACAAAGAAAAGAAGAAUGCACAAUCACCGGAAAAAGAUAAACGGAGCAAGCGGAAAUCUUAUUCUGGGAAAGGCGUCAAGUCCUCGAAUAAAACGAGCUGUAGCGAGUGGACCGCCAUACCCUCGGAACAGAUGAUCCCUGCCCUGGACCAGCCCAGCACCAGCGGCACGUCGAGCAGGGACCGGCGCAAGGCGAACAAGGAAAGGAAACGCCAGCGGCGCGACAGCCGCGAGAAUAGAAGACUGAGAAGUGUUGUAAAUGUUAUUAAUAGUCAUAGGAAUACUGAUGAAUCAAAUUCAAGUGCAAAUUUCAGUAAUUUUUCAAAUGUGACUGCUACCAGAAGUCGGUCCGAUGUCGAGUCCACAGCAUCUGCUUUAAAUGACUCUCGACCUUUCAGUACAGAGUUACCUGUCGGUCACAGCGAGGGAUCGGCGACGGGUCGUCGAUUUCCGGAAACUUCGUCGGAUUCCGAAGACAACUUACCCUUGAAUCUUACGUUACAGAAAAUUGGACCGUUUACGUCGUCAUGAAGGAUAAUGUAAAAUAUAUAAUUGUGAUAAAUUAUUAAAUAAACCAUUCAAGUAGUAUAACACUUAAGAAUUGAUUCAAUCGCUUUUUUACUUUCAACAAAGUACUGGUAUAAAUAGUAAUGUCACUGGGAAACAAUAAACCAAAGCUGUUGUGACUGCAUAUACGUUACAGUUUGUACAGUCAAUAAGUUUGUAUGUAUUCUGGAGUUCAAUCGAAAUAUUUAGCAUGAAUGUAGGGCCGUUAGGGUCAAUUCCCACUGAAAGAGCAGCGGCCGUAAGAGCACGGAAAAUGUAAGAGCGCGGCGUCGCGCGGCCCGCCGCGCUGGCGCUCAAUCCCUUGCAAUUACGGCCGCUGCCGGCCGCUGCUCUUUCAGUGGGAAUUGACCCUUAAAAUGUAAUUACCGCUAGUGUCAGUAGCACAUUUAGACUACUGCAAGUUCCUUGAGUGAAACACUUCAAGACUGCAACUAACAAUACAAAUUCUAAACAAUUGCAUAAUUUGCGUUUUAUCCCGAUUUUAUUAUCCAAAUUUAAAGAUAUUGUAAGCCAUGCAAGCGUACCAUUUGGCAAUGUAUAAAUAAAUCAUAUGUAUUUUUAUUUAAAAAUACGGGUAUUUAAGUAGAGUAUGGAUGAUUCAUUAUAAUUUAAGAAUUUUGAUAACCAGUUGAUCAUUUUCUAAUUUGUGAAUGCUCUGUAAAUAGAAGUGUAUAAAUACAAAAUAAUUUGCAUAUUCUUGUGAGGAUCAGCGUCCUCGCUGAUGCAUGGGUUAGUGGAAUAAAAAUGCAUCAAUUGUGGCUUUCUUCAGAAUCUGUAAAAUAAUUUUAUAGAUAAAACGUAAGAUGUAUAGAUGUCUUUGAUUUUCGAAAUUAACCAGGAUGAUGAUGUAAAAAAAAUCUUGCCAUAGGUAAUGGCCGUUACAAAGUUUUUACAGUGGAAAUGUAUCUUACUGGUAAAAGCCAGAAAUUAAAGUGAUGUAUAAAUUGA